AUGGUGAAUACAUCAACACCUAGAGAAUCAAUUGAUAAGGAUCAUUCCAGUUUAAAUGUACAUGUUCCACAGCAACAAUCCAAUGAAUUGGAAUUACUUGCAAAUCAAAAUUCUUUGUCUCCAAAUCUUGUUCGAGAAAUUGAAUCAUUACAAAUUCCAAACUCAAAUCGUGAAAAAAUUUCCAACGAACAAUUUUUAAAUUCUUCGUCAAUGUCAUCAACUUCAUUAUCUUCAACAUCUCAAACAAUUACAUUUGAUCCAGUUGCAGCAUUGGCAAAUCCUUCAUCGAUACCAAAGCGUAUUCUAGAUAAAUGUAAACAAUUUCUUUUAUCCAGUUCACCUGUAAUUACACGAACAUGCUGGAACCGACGGUUUGGUGGCAAUGCCAAUUUGUGCUAUCAAGCAACACAAUUAUUAUUAACAGCUGAUUUAUUGAUGGAAGGUCAAUUUAUAGCAUGUUCAACAAAAUCUUCUACUAAUUGGAUAAAAAAAUUACCAACUGAUCCAACAAAUACAACAACAACCUUGAGCUUUCAACAAAACAAAUUAAAUAUUUUUGGAAUAACAUGGAAUCAAUAUGUUUCAUCUUUUCAACAACUGGAAUUUGGUCAUAGUCGUUCAUCAGAAACACUUGUAGCCCAUCGACAAGAUCAAACAGAACCAGCAAAUUUAAGUUUAACAUCAGUUCAAGAUAUCCAUCUGACUUCGUUUUCAGAACAAGAGAAUUCAAAUGCAAUACAUGCAGAUUCAACAGCAUCCAUUGUUACCCAAUCUUUACCAAUUAGUGAUACAUCUAAUAUUUUAAUACAAUCAACAUUAUUUAGUUCAGCACCUAUUGAAACAUCAUUCAAUAACCCAACAUCAAAUGCACCAUCAACACCUAAACGAACAAGACGUGAAUUAAGUCCUAUGAAAACCAGAUCAAAAACUCGACGUCUCGAUAAAUACGAUGAACAAUAA